GUGGUAGAAAUACUCGAAAACUAUGUCGCUCAUGUAUAAAGCAUUGAUAGCUCUCAUUAUUUUGAAGUUCGCUUACGCAGGUUGGGAUCGAAGCACUGAAGAAUUUAUUACUUCAAAAUUCUUCAAAAAGUUUGAUGCCGAGGUAUCUCCGUACGAAGCCUUAAAAUUCAAUUUCCCCAAAGAUGAGGGCUUCGUUGCCGGCAGAUACCCUAAAUGCGCACGACACAGAUUUGUUUCUGGGCCGGAUCAGACGUGUCAAGAAACAAAAGGAACUCAAAACAUUGGAAAGACUUGUAAAGAUAGACGCUGCACUCAGUAUUCAUAUUACGGAUCUACCAAAUGUAAUAAAAUUGUCAAACUAUACAAGCCGUUCAAACACUCAGCAAUGGAAUGCAAAUUUCCAAAUAUUCCGUGUGGCGGAAGUGGAAAUGAUUAUCAACGACAUUUUGACGCGUUUCCCAGUUAUUACCCACACGAUAUCGAUGAGAAAGAAUGUGAAUGCGAGACUAUCUGGUGCCUUGGAAACAUCUGGACCAUCUACGAAGAAGGUGGAAAACUGUACAAAGGGAAUAUUACUGUAAAGACUCCUUGCAAGUGUGAAUGCAGAAUGCCGUUUCAAAGGAUGGAAAAUUGGAUGUCGGGCUAAAUGUAAUCAACUGAUAUACUAUAUACAGAACAAAUAUACAGAUAAACUUGAAAAUUGUUAUAAAACAAAAACAGCAUGAUUUUAAUAUUACUCUGUGAGGCUAUUCGCAUAGGACUGAGUUUGAAUAUUAUUUUGGUAAAAUGUUGUUCUGUGUGAUCUUGGACAUUUAAAUAGAAUAAAAAAAUUGAAAUAUUAUCAACAAGUUUUUUUUUAAUUUCAGAAAUAUGUUUUUCAACUAGAGAGUAAGUGGUUUACAGUAGCGUUAUAAAUAGGUAAGUAACAUACAUCUUAAUGAAACAAUGGAUCCAUAAACAAGUUUGAAAUAGAUGGGCAAUUUAAUGUGUAUUAUGAACAUAAAGAUGAUUAGGUUAUUGCGUAACUGGACAUGUCUAUUUUUCAAUCUCAGAAGUCAAAUCGUACCAAAUUUUUAUUCUAAUGCAGUGGUUCCCAAACUUUUUAGAGUUGGGACCCACUAUUUAUUACCACAGCUUAUGUCGACCCAUUUAACUUUAAAUAAAUCAAUAAAACAUAGAUGGAGGAAACUAAUUUAUUUUUUGAAAUUAAAUUUUCAGUGAAGCUAAAGAGUAGGAUGAGCUUGUUUCUUGCUAAUUUCUAUAUUUGAC